CUACUAUUCAUAAUUCUGCUUGUUGGGUUUCAGGUACGAAGAUGAUCUUGAAAAGCGUUACUAUCUCAACAACUGGGUUCAGGUGGCCUCAAGUAUUUUCAAUCUCACUGGUGCAUUGUUUGGUUGCUACGUCAGCAAUAGCUUUACCAUGUACGCACUGGCGAUCGCUGUUGUAGUUCAACUGUUUGAGCUAUGUCUGCUAGGAACUAUCCUCAGCAUUAAGAACGAGGAGAUCGAGCAUGCAUUCUAUGAUUCUUUGUGGUAUCUGAUGGAUCAUUCUGAGAAAAAGGACUUUUUAAUCAUGUUUCACAAAAGCCAACAUGCCAUGGAAAUGACCGUUGCCAGCAUGGCGCCGCUCAAUAUCGUUCUUUUUAUUGCUAUAAUGCAAAAGAUCUAUGCUUAUGCCAUGAUGUUGAUGAACUUCUUCGAGUGAUGUUUUGAAUAAUCAGUAAAAUAACCAUGUUUUACAGUUUUCUUAUCACACCAACUCAAAACAACUUAUAAAGAAAGGUUUAGCAUGUUACCAGUCAUUGUUGUAUUGCGGCACCAUGAAAAAUAGCCACAGUGAGAUCGCAUUAUUUUUAUCGCAAACACAUUCUUAUAUUAAUUUUUGAGACACUCAGACAAUUUUACUAGUUAUAUGCUUUGAAAUAAAGAUAACAGAAUUGCAUUAUCUGCGUGUUGCAUAUAUUCAAACUUCUUAACUUAUUAAAUAGCAUACACUAUUUUAAAAUCAGUGUUGCAAACAGCGUUCUUUUACAAUUGCAACGCCAUACAAAUGCUCCACCUGUAACUAUUGCAAGGAUUUGUGUGAUUUCAUAGCAAGGGAUACAUGGGUCACGAUGAUAUUAAUUUUCAAAAAGGUAAAACAUUCCGAAAAUUGAGUUUUUUUUCAAUUUUUUUUUUUUUUUUGGCAGAAGUGAACCGGUAAACCAAUUUAAAAAUUUGACAUGCAUUUCGAUCCCUGCUAAAUGUCACAAUUUAUUCACGGUGGAAAAUAAUAAUUAAUAGUCGGAGAAUAAAUUUCCAUUUAUUUUCGUAAACAAAAAGCCAUAUUUAGCAUGAAAUAUAGCUAAUAAACAACAUAUCACGUUCACCUUCACUCGAAUCAUUAAUUUACAUCGGUAAAUUACAUCGGUGGUACAGUCGUCAACUCGUACGACUUAACAACAUGCACAUCAUUCAAUCCCCGAAAGGACCGUUCCUCCAUUGACGUAGGAUUGACUAUCCUGCUAUGUUUAUGCAACAACAUUUUUUUAUGACAACAGUCAAUGAAAGCCAAGCCCACUAGUGGUACAGAUAAGGCAAGCCUUGACUGAUAACGGUUACUGUGCCAAAGAAGAAAAAGAUAAAUUUACAUUUAUUUAUUCAUUUUCAUAUUUCAUAUCGUUUAACAAACCAGUUCCAAAUAGGAAAACAAAUAGAUAAAUUCUUACCAUACGCACUUACGCAAUUCUUAUGAUACGCAACUUUGCAGCACCACAGUGAUAUGCGUAUCAAUUAGAUAAAUGCAUUAACUCCGGAAGAAACGUCGCUUAAAACAAUAAUCACAAUAAUCAAUAAUGUCAAUUGUCACUAUUCUCACGUACUUGCAUGAUUUAUCACUAUCUAAGCUAACAAAAAACUACCAGCUAGCAUGUCUUCUUGUAAGCAAGUACCAAAACUACAAGAACGUACUUGUUGCCCUGAAGAGUGGAAUGGUAAUACCUUAGUCCACAUGGCCAAAUAAAGGGCCAAUUAUGUAACUCGAGUGUUUGAAAAAAAAAAAUAUAAAAAAUGCUCAUUUUCUAUCAUGAUCCGUGUUAGAAAACUCGAUUUGACUCUGGUUUGACAUGUCUAACUAAACGAAGAUCAUUUGCAUUACCUGCAUUUGUCCAACAGCUUUCCGUCAGUUUGAUGCCGCGGAAAUCGUUUUAUUUUACGGUUUAACUACUAAAUACAUAUUUUUAAGCUACGUGUAUUGCAUGUAAUUAGAUUCAGAAGGGAUUUUUUGUAAUUAUUUACUUAAAAAGAGUGGGAAUAACAAAAUGCACAGAAAUUAGAAACACAUAACAAAAGUGCUACUUUGAAUGACAUAAAUAAAUGAGGUGGGACACCAAACAACAACACAGUAUUCCAAAAUCGGUCUUACUAACGAACAAUAUAACGCUUUUAAACACAGAGGGUCGGUUAUGCGGAUUGAAAAACGUUUUAUCAUACCGAUUGUUUUACGAGCCUUAUUAACGGUAACGUCAUUGUGAUGGAAGAAUGAUAACCUGCUAUCGAAAGUUACACCAAGAUCUUUUACCGAGAGUACACGAUUUAUUGCUAUACCCUCGAAGUUAUAAGCAGUCGUAACGGGACAACGUGAACGACUGAAGGACAUGACAUGACAUUUUUCGGGGCAUAGAACUAGCUGGUUCGAUGAGCACCAUGAUGAAAAUCGGUUGAGGGUGUUUUGGAGCGAUACGCAGUCACCAACAGACGAUAUAGAUUUAAAAAUCUUUAGGUCAUCUGCAUAACAAAGAAAACAAUCGUGUGGAAUGACUGAGUUAAUAUCAUUAAUAAAUAAAA